AUUAUUCUUUUCGAUUUAAAUGUGAUCAAGGAACACGAUGUAUACAUCCAACUGCUAUAGCAAAUAAUUUUAAAGAUUGUAAUGAUGGAAUGGAUGAAACAUCUUUUAUGCGUUGGUUAUGUAUUUUGAAUUAUAGCGAUGAAUGUCGUAGUUUUCGAAAUGAAUCUCGUCGAUUUAAUUUUACUUUUGAACAACUUUGUAAUGGUUUUACUGAAAUUUCUUCUGAUUUAGAAGGAAAUACCGAUGAAACAGAUUGUCGUAGUGAUGAAUGGAAUUGUCUUAAUUUUCAUACAAAAUGUAAUCAUAUUUGGAAUUGUCCAAAUGGAGAAGAUGAAUUAGGUUGUGGAAAACCAAAUUUAGGUUCACGUCAUUGUAAUAAAACAACACAUUUUUGUUUGGAUAUUCAAAAUGGUUUACCAAUAUGUUUACCUUUAAGUAAAGCUAAUGAUGGUAUUAUUAAUUGUAUUGGUUCAAUAGAUGAACGAUCUUUUUGUCGUUCAAAAUAUCCAUAUGAUUACGUUCUUCGAUAUCGAUGUUUAAAUUCUAAUGUAUGCAUUUCACUAUUUCAAAUAUGUGAUUGUCAUCAAGAUUGUCCUUUAAAUGAUGAUGAAACAAUAGCAUGCCGAUGGAUGAAUAAUGGACAAACAUGA